AUGGGAGGGUCAUUGCGUGUUUUGACAGACCAUUUAGCCUGCGAUGAGGGUUGGGAACAAAAGUUUUGGCUUUGGAGGAGGCGUAAGAGACGGCGGGUUUCGAAUGUGGACGAUGACUGUGGUGUGACGACGGUGGGUAUGGAUGAGGAGGGAGAGGAGGAUAGGACGAUGGUGGACCCUGAGGCUCAAAGUUUAUUUCGGUUGCGAGUUGUAGGAACAGACGGUGUUGCGUCGAUUCCGCUCUUUCGUUCCGCUUUGUGCGGCCCUGCUGUUGAGGACACGUAUGCUUGUCACUAUCACCUGUAUCCUUCCGUUUCUCCGGGCGAUGCUCACGGCACGGCAUUGUGUUGGUCCUUGCGGAGGUCGUCGCUAAAGAUCCACGCCCUGAUGUGUCUUGGGCGUGUGGCAAACAGCUGCCGCAAGGAAAUGGUUUUGUUUGAUGAUGACAUUGGCGUCUUGUUGUCGUACACAACCACACCUUGA